AUGAGUUUAUUCAAUGAUGCAUCUGAUGGGUCCCUCACCCGCCAAAAACUCGAGGAGCAUCUGAGGAGGUCACCCAACAUCAACAAUACCUCGGGCAAUGGUGAAACUGCACUGGGCCUGGCCAUCAAGAACGGGCAUACCAGUGCCGUCAGCCUUCUACUGAAGUUUGGAGCCAAUCCGGCCACACGAAAUAUAGAUGGCAGAUCACCAUUAUAUCUGAUUGCAACGGCGCCGGAAAAGAAACGAGUCCGCCUAGCUGAGCUAUUGCUGAAUGCCGGCGCCAGGAUCGAUGAGUCGGUGCCCGCCUAUGGCAAUAACACCCCGCUCAUGGUGGCCAUUACCCAGGCUAAGGAUCCGAAGCUCAUUCACGCCCUAGUGGAAGCUGGCGCAUCUCUGACCCAGACCAAUGAUCGCGGUGAAUCAGCCAAGACCCUAGCACGCGACUCGAUGGAUCCCGCCAUCCAGCGGGCUCUCGUGCCCGGGGGAGACCCGACAAGAGCCUAUAAGCCCGAGCUGGGAAAUCUUCUCACCACCGCCGGCCAAUUUGCGGCCGCCUAUUUCGGUGACUGGAAGGAUGUCGCUAAGGAUGCCGUUGACCGGAUUGCCCAGUACCUGCACAGGGAUGCUGCACUCAAUGAGGGUCUCAAAGAACUCCACACAGUGGAGGACUUUAAGGACUUUCUGUGGGACUACAUUGAUCGUCAAGGGCUGGAGGACUUCUACCCGGCCAAUGACCCUCGCAUCCAAGCCAUCGCCGAGGCAGCAGUGGCGUUUCGGAAGAAGCCUGAGGCUAAAGCCCUAUCCGUCCAGCCUGCCCUAUCGCUCCAGACGAAAUCCCUAUUUGUCCAGACGAGUGGCCUAUCCGUUCAGACCACAGCUCCAACCACCAAGAACCUUCUGACUUUGGCUGUGGCGCAGCUGUACACACCUGUACUGUAUAUUGACGAUAGCGGCUCAAUGGGCUGGGGUCUCCAGGGACAGAAUGAUACAAGUAGUAGCAAGCGGGUGGAUGCAGCAAAACACCUUGUGGGCGAGCUGAUGGAUAUACUCGACUGGGUGAACCCUGAUGCUCUCCAGGGCAUCGGAACUACGAGCAUUCGCUUUAUCAACCGAGACGUGGGCAACGCGGACAAACUGACAAGCGACCAGAUCAAGCAGCACAUGAGCCAGAUGACGCUACCUGGUGGAACUCCUCUAGGAACUAAUCUGCGAUCUAAAAUCUUGAACCCCCUGAUCUAUAAUCCUAUCAACGCGAAUCAGGACCUCCGGGCCCCAUACUUGAUCAUGACGAUCGGAGACGGAGUGCCCAAUGGUGAGACUAGGGAUACCUUCCGCAACGAGAUCGUGGGCGCAGCGAACUUCCUGAAAGGCGCCAAAUAUUCCCCUGAAGCGGUCAAGUUCACCUUCAGCCAGAUUGGCACCGACGCCGACGCGGAGGCCUUCCGCAACGAGCUGAUCAACAACCCUCUACCGGAUCACACCCUUUAUGUUUCGUCUGAUCGUUUCGAUCAAGAUUACGAUAUUAACAAGGGCAACUCUGAGAGACUCAAGGCAAAUCUCAUGAGUUGGCUUUCCGGCCUGGUUGAUCUCAAGUAA